AUGCGUCUGUCCAAGGUGCUGAUGGACGGGGGUAGCAGCCUCAACAUCCUCUACGUUGACACUUUGGAAGCCAUGGGAAUCCCACGAGCCUGCUUGCGGGAAUCCCUCUUCCCCUUCUACGGCAUCUUGCCGGGCAUGAAAGCAUACCCGGUCGGCAACAUCGACUUACCGGCCACGUUUGGCAGCAAAUCCAACUUCCGCACCGAGACCCUCACAUUCGAGGUGGCAGACUGGAAGGGGGCCUACGUGAGCAGCCGCAAGUACUAUGACCUCGCCACCACCACGGCAAACUCGGCUGAGCUCGGCCAGCUUCGCGCCACCACCGCCGAGUUCCGCCCUGACCCUGGCAAGCCUAGCCAGGCACCGGCCUUUGUCUCAACCAACGAGACCAAGUCGAUCACGGUCGACGACGCCGACCCAACCAAGAUGAUAGCGAUGAAGGAAUCCGACCAGCUCGCGACAUCCUUCACCACACCGUUUGGCUCAUACUGCUACAUGUCGAUGCCUUUCGGUCUAAAAAAUGAAGGGGCAACAUACCAGCGAUGCAUGCAAGCCUGCUUCUCCGACCAGAUCAACCCGCCGAUCGAUCCCGACCGGCCGAACCCGCCUCGGGCGACGGUCGCGGCCUACAUUGAUGACAUCGUCGUCAAAACACCGUGCGCGAACGACCUGGUCGCCACCAUGAGCGCCACAUUCGCAAAUCUCAAGAGAUUCAACAUCAAGUUGAAUCCUGAGAAAUGCACAUUCGGUGUGCCCAAGGGCAAACUUCUCGGGUACAUGGUGUCCGAGCGUGGCAUCGAAGCCAACCGCGACAAAUUUCCAGCCAUCACCAACAUAGGGCCCAUCCACGCCGUUAAGGAUAAAUCCAACACCUUUGUCUGGAUAGAGGAGGCACAAGCAGCCCUCGACCGCCUCAAGGCCCUCUUAUCCUCUCCGCCGGUGCUCGUCGCACUAGAUCCCUGCGAACCCCUUUUGCUCUACUUAGCUGCCACUAACCAUGUGGUCAGCGCCGCCCUGGUGGUCGAAAGGGAAGAACAGGGACACGCCCUUAAGGUCCAACGACCCAUUUACUUCGUCAGCGAAGUGCUGACCGACACCAAGUCGCGGUACCCGCAGACACAAAAACUUCUCUACGCCGUCAUCAUGGCGGCCAAGAAGCUGCAUCACUACUUCACCGAGCACGAGGUGUCGGCCAUCACCUCGUUCCAACUCAGAGAAGUCGUUCGCAACCGCGACGCCGUGGGACGGAUUUCCAAAUGGGCAGUCGAGCUGAUGGGCUACGACGUCAAGUUCGUGCCACGCACGACGAUAAAGUCCCAGGCCCUGGCCGAUUUCAUCGCCGAGUGGAUAGAAGUCCAAGCUUCGACCCCAGAAAUCUCUCAUGAGUACUGGACCCUCUACUUCGAUGGGUCGGUCAUGGGACCCGGAGCAGGGGCCGGGAUCGUCCUGGUCUCCCCAGAAGGAGGCAAGUUCCAGUACGCAGUUCGCCUCCACUUUCCUGCAUCAAACAACGUUGCAGAAUAUGAAGCACUCAUCAGCGGCCUCCGCGUAGCCAUCAACAUCAGAGCAACCCGCAUGUACGUCUAUGGCGACUUCAAGCUCAUAGUCGACCAGGUCAUGAAGAACUCCAACUGCGAGAGCCCCCUCAUGGACGCAUACUGCCAAGAAGUCCGCAAGCUAGAAGGUAGAUUCCGGGGUCUGGAGCUCCACCACAUCCCACGGAAGCAAAACCCCAACGAGGAUGCUCUCGCAAAAAUGGCCGCCGAGUGCAAGCCGGCGCCCAGCGGCGUUCUCGUCAAUGACCUGAACGCGCCGUCGGCGCGAGAGAAGCAGCCGGCCGCAGACAUAGCAAAAACAGAGGAAGCAGAGCAUGCGCAAAAAACAGAGCACACUCCCUCCGACCCAGCCCCCGACCAGGGCAAGGAGCUCCUUCACGAGAUACACGUCGGGAUCUGUGGACACCACACUGCACCACGCUCCUUGGUCGGAAAGGCCUUCCGACAAGGAUUCUACUGGCCAACAGCCCUGCGCAACGCGGAAGACAUCGUCCGUACAUGCAAAGGCUGCCAGUUCUACGCCAAACAAACCCACCUGCUGGCCCAAGCGCUUCAGACCAUUCCCAUAACAUGGACAUUCGCCGUAUGGGGUCUAGACAUGGUCGGGCCACUCAAGAAGGCACCAGGAGAGUUCACCCACCUAUUUGUCGCAAUUGACAAGUUCACCAAAUGGAUAGAGGCAAAACCGAUAACCACGAUCGACUCCAAGGAAGCCGUCAAGUUCUUCCUGGACAUCGUGUACAGAUUCGGCAUGCCCAACUCCAUCAACACCGACAACGGGACCAACUUCACAGGUCACUACUUCCAAGAAUUUGUGGAAGGAUACAGGAUCCGGAUUGACUGGGCAUCGGGUGGACACCCGCGCACAAACGGGCAAGUAGAAAGAGCUAACGUCCUAAUCCUCCAAGGGCUCAAACCACGCAUUUUUGACAUGCUCAAGAAGUUCGCGGGUCGUUGGGUGGAAGAGCUGCCGGCAGUGCUCUGGAGCUUGCGAACCACACCUAACUGGUCCAUAGGACUACCACCCUUCUUCCUAACAUACGGCUCCGAGGUUGUCUUGCCUUCUGAUCUGGACUACGGUGCGCCAAGAGUCAAAGCCUUUGACCCGACAAUGGCAGCGGAAGCCCAGAGAGAAGCCAUGGAAGUCUUGGAGGAAGCAAGGCUAGCAACGCUACACCGAUCGGCCUGCUACCAGCAAACUUUACGCAGGUACCACGAGAGGUGCCUACGGGAGAGGACGCUGCAGGUUGGAGAUCUGGUUCUGUGA